UGUUUCAGUCGUUCAAGUAAACCCACGUCUCUUUAGCCGUUUUGGCAAACCCCGCUUCCCACAUGCUCCCGUAAUGUAUGACUGUGUGUGUAUAUCAAUUUAAGUGGACUCUUGUCUGUUUUGUUCUAUUUGAGCACUAAAGAAGCUUAAAGCCACAAACUCUUUUUUGUUUUUGUUGUCAAUCUCUGUUUCACACGCUGUUGUACCUCAUAAUGUGCCUUUAUUUUUUCUUGCUUGUUUAUUGGGAAAACUAGUCAUCAUUUAUAGAAGAGUUUAGGACACCUAAAUCAAUGUAUAAGCAUAACCCAAAGCAUUUAGAAGAAUUUUUAUGGUGAAAAAUGUUGGUAACACCUUAACUUGUUGUAACAAUAAUUCUGGCGAUAAGUUUAGAAAUUCCUAAAACUUGAAGCCAUUAGUCCAAGAGAGGAGUAGCAAAACGAAUUAGAGGUUUUGAAGCUUAAUUGCAAAAAGAUAGACUACAUUUCAACUGUACUUUUGUCUUAAAACAGAAAUUUACUUGCUUUAGUCUGCUUCAUAAACAUACCGAGAGAGAGAGAGAGAGAGAGAAAGAAGCAACUUAUAUAUUUUGUAGGAUAGUGAGUGCUUUUUCUGAAGUCGGAAGCUAUUGGUUAGAGAAACCAUGUCUUCAAUUGUGCAGAAUUUGUGGGCUUCCCCUUGUUUGGCUUGGAAUUCAGAUUAUAAGAUUAAGCCAUCUCGAGCUUACACGAGGUGUUUAGCCAGCAGCAGCAGCAGGGACUCCACAUUACAGUCUUCUGAUUCUGUUACAGUUAAUGAUUCUGUUAGAGUUAACGGUGUGUCGUCUGUUGAAAACAAACCUUUGAUUGAUGUGGGAAAUGGUCAUUUGAGGAAGGAAAUUGUUCAAGACAAGUUGGAACCACUUUGGGAUGAUGGAUAUGGAACACAAACUGUGAAGGAUUACCUUGAGUUAGCGGAAGAGAUUAUUAAGCCUGAUGGAGGUCCGCCGCGGUGGUUUACACCAAUUUCAGCUGGCCCUCCUCUCAGAAACUCACCUCUUCUUCUUUUCUUGCCUGUUCAAUGUGUAGGAAUGGAUGGUACUGGAUUGGGUCUUGUUUUGCAUGAAAAGGCACUUGGAAAAGUCUUUCAAGUUUGGUGCUUGCAUAUUCCUGUAUAUGAUCGAACACCAUUUGAAGAGCUGGUGAAAUUUGUUGAGACAACUGUAAGGAUGUUGCAUGCCUCAUCUCCAAACAAGCCAAUUUAUGUAGUUGGAGAUUCAUUCGGAGGAUGUUUGGCUCUUGCUGUUGCUGCUCGAAACUGUAACAUUGAUCUUGUUCUGAUAUUAGCUAAUCCAGCAACUUCAUUUGGCAGGUCACAACUUCAACCUUUGCUCUCUCCACUGGAGUCUUUGCCUGACGAACUUCAUGUUACAGUCCCAUAUCUUCUGAGCUUUAUUAUGGGUGAUCCAAUGAAGAUGGCUAUGGUUAACAUUGAUUCCAUGCUACCUCCUCAACAAGUUGUUGAACAACUCUUUGACAACCUCACUGCUUUGCUGCCCCGCCUUUCU